ACUUCUCCGAAAAAUGCCCAAAAACGAACUCUCCAGAAUUCUCUAGAAUAUGUUUUGAAUUAUAUCUACUUUAUACAAAUCCAAAUAAAAAAGUUAAUAAGUAAAAAAAGGGGUGUGUGAAUAUUAAGACAUUUAUUUGUAUUUAUUUUAAGGUACAAUUCUAUGGUGGGUAGGUGCUUGUCUACAGUAGGCAUGUAGUGCAAGUUUUUAAAGGUUACUAACAGAAUGUGGUAGGUGCCAGGUAUAAUUAUCGUUAUGAUCAUGAUUAUCAUUUAUCACAAUUACUUAUGUAUUAAUUGUAAAUUGAUUAAUGGGAAUGAAACGUGAGCACAGUUAAAGGAAAAAAUAGUGGUUGUGACUUUUAACCUAGAAAAGGUUUUUUAGUAUCUAGUUCUGCAGCAUUUAUUUUAGUGAAAAUGUCUCGUAUUAUUGUAAAGAAUCUUCCAAAAGAUAUUACUGAGGAUAAACUACGAAAAUUAUUUAGUGAAAAGGGCACAAUAACGGAUAUACAGUUAAAGUACACUCCAGAUGGUAAAUUUAGACAAUUUGGAUUCGUUGGAUAUCAAAAUGAAAAAGAAGCUGAGGAAGCAAUAAUAUAUUUUAAUAAUUCUAGAAUAAAAACAAAUAAAAUAGUUGUUCAACCUUGUGCUUUGUUGGGAGAUGAAGGAAAACCAAAAACUUGGAGUAAAUAUACGAAUGAUAGAGUUAAGGAUCAUCCUCCUGUUUCAGUUGACAACGAAAAUGAUAAGAAAGCAAAUAAAGUUAAAAUAAUAGAAUUAUUAGAAAAGAAAGAAGAAAACAACACAGAGGCUUGCAUAAAAAAAAAAGAAAAAGUGAAGUUAUAUACAAUUAAGCUUAAAGGAUUGCCAUACAAAUGUAAGAAAAAAGAUAUAAAAAUAUUUUUGAAGCCACUUAUUCCUUAUACCAUAAGAAUACCACCAAAAGUAAAAGGUUUUGCAUAUGUUGGAUUCAAAACAGAAAGGCAUGCAAAUCAAGCUUUGUUAAAAAAUAAAAGUUUUAUUGCUGGAAAACAGAUUCAAAUAAUAAAGUACACUGAAAAAGGCAAUACUGAAGAAAACAACGUGGACCCUAAACUAAAGAAAUGGAAAACACAAGAGGAAUCCUUACAAAAUGAAGAGGACAUUGCCGAGUCAGGAAGGAUAUUUAUCCGGAAUUUGGCAUAUACAACUACAGAGGACGAUAUAGAAAAAUUGUUUGCAAAGUUUGGACCUAUAACAGAAGUUAAUUUACCAGUGGAUCCAAUAACCAGAAAAUUAAAAGGAUUUGGAGUCAUUACCUUUUUGAUGCCCGAGCACGCAGUAAAGGCUUAUUCAGAACUUGAUGGUACGAUACAUCAAGGAAGAAUGCUGCAUUUGUUACCAGGAAAAGUAAAAGAUACAUACCAAGAAACAGAUUUAACAAACUACAAACAAGCCAAGGCUUCUAAAGAAAAGUUGGAAGCAGGCUCUUCACAUAAUUGGAACAGUUUAUUUUUGGGCCAUGAUGCCGUGGCCGAAGUAAUUGCUGAAAAUUAUGGAACAACAAAGGAAGCCGUUUUAGGUCCCCACGGGGACAGUAAUGCCGCAGUAAGGCUAGCAUUAGGCGAAACUCAGAUCAUUCAAAACACAAAAAAAUUCCUAGAAGAAGAGGGAGUUGUCUUAGACAUGUUUGAGAAGCCAAUAAAGAGAAGGUCAAAAAAUAUUAUUAUUGUAAAAAAUUUGCCACAUGGUACGUCUGCUGAAGAAUUAAGGGAAGUUUUUGAAAAACACGGGAUUUUAGGCAGAGUAAUUUUACCACCAUCUGGUAUUACAGCUUUAAUCGAGUUUAUUGAACCAUCUGAAGCCAGGAAAGCUUUCAAUAAAUUGGCCUACUCAAAAUUUAAACACAUACCACUUUUUUUGGAAUGGGCUCCUGACGGUUCUUUACAAGAGAAAACUUUCUCGGAAAUCAAACAAGUGACUGAAAGUCAUAGUAAAAAUAUAGAUGAGAAGAAAGAGGAAGAAAAUAAAAAUGGUAAAAUUACCAAUCAAAUUGAAGAAGAGGAAGAGGAGGAAGAGGUUCCAGAAGAAAAUACAACAUUGUUCGUUAAAAAUUUAAAUUUCCAAACAACUGAUGAAACUCUUAAAAAGCACUUUGAAGAGUGUGGUAAAAUAUUUUAUGCAAAUGUUGCCGUUAAAAAAGAUAAAAACAAUCCCAAAAAUCGAUUAUCGAUGGGAUAUGGUUUUGUGCAGUUCUAUCACAAAACAAGCUGCAAUAAAGCGUUAAAAACACUUCAAGCUAGCGUAUUAGAUGGAAAAACAUUGGAAUUAAAACGAUCUGAAAGGACUUUGAAGACUGAUGUUAAAUAUACAUCCAAGAAACCCAAAGUUACAAAACAAACAGGAACAAAAAUUCUUGUUCGCAAUGUUCCAUUCCAAGCUAAUAGAAAGGAAAUUUGGGAACUAUUUAACACAUUUGGAGAGUUAAAAACAGUUCGUUUACCAAAGAAAAUGUCUAUAGAACAAAAUGCACACAGGGGCUUCGCUUUUGUUGAUUUUGUGGCAGCAAAUGACGCAAAGAAAGCUUUUGAAGCCCUUUGUCAAAGUACGCAUCUGUACGGAAGACGUUUGGUAUUAGAAUGGGCUGCUACUGAAGGAUUAGAGGAGAUAAGGAAAAGAACUGCGGAACAUUUUCACUCUGCUGAAGAAGUUAAAUCCAAGAAAAGCAUUCUCAAUGUCGAAAUAACAUGAAAUAGGUAUCUGUAAUUUUUACAAUAAUAAUGAUAAUAAUGUUA